ACUAGCUCCCGCCACCUGUACGCCUCUUUCCUCGCCGCACGCCCGUAUCUGUGUCAAACAGCGACAUAUCUCUUGCUUUGACGAAGACAAAACACUAACUACGUCAGCAGCAGCGUGCACUGGUGGUGAUACGAGUCUCAGCAUGUCGUCGAUAUCGGCUCGCCUUGGCUCUGGGGCUGAAGCCUUACACGGAGGCGGGCUUCGACAGUCGCGAAAGCGUUCCACUUUGUCGCCAACGAGUGAAAAGGCUCCUCAGCGGAGCGACCGAUCGAUGAACGAAUAUGACUCGCCCAGGCGGUCGCCGUCGUCCGAAAAGAUUCCCUCGGACAUUGACUACGUCGACGAUGAGGAGCUCCGCCAUUCGGCGAGGCCGACGCGUCGCAGAAGCUCGAGCAUUCCCAUGGCUCCCCCUUCGCUGGGCACGCAAGAGGAUGAGUACGACGACAAUGAUGACGACAACGACGAGUAUGGCAAUCCUCGCAUCAUCAAGCCAGAGAACAUCCUAGGAGGCUGGCAUUUUGCUCCCUUGCUGAUCGCGGUCAUACCUCCCUUGGGCGCUUUGAUGGGUGGUCGGGCCGACGCCUGGAGCGAUGCCAUUCUCCUCGUCUUGGCCUCUUUCUGGCUCUAUCAAUUUCUCAAAGUUCCACACGACAUAUACCACGCGGCACGCACUCGACGUAUAUUACACAGCGACUCCAUGGACCAGGAGGGUGAGGUAUCUCCCCUCUCCAGCCCCUUGUCCGAAUCGGCACCUUCAUCCCAGCCACCGACGUACUCAGAGGACUCUGCGAGGCGCCGCCAUCGCGAGGCCGCUGCUGCCGAGCUGAGGAGGUCCGAAACAAUGAGCCUCGUGGCUCUCGUUCUCAGCCCUCUGGCCGGUGCUUGGCUCCUUAGUUGGCUCAUGGAUACCUUUACCGAUGGCAACCGUUUUCUCAAUACCUUCAACAUUCGCCUCUUCAUGCUGGCAUCGGGCAUCAAGCCUUGGAGCCAUGCUUUUUCGCUCCUUCGAAAGCGAAUGCUACACCUCCAAGAAGUCGUCCACUAUCCUUCGUCUCGGGUCGAGCACAUGAGCCGUCGUCUCUCGAGGCUCGAGACGGAGAUCUUGACGCUUCGCAAGCUCGUUGCGAUGAAGACGGACGUGUCGAUGCUCAAGGACGGCAUCGAUGUGCCCCUCACGCAGUUGAGCAGGACCAUGCGGCGCUACGAGAAGAAAGAGGAGCAUCUUCGCAUGAGCGCAGAGGACAAGUUCGACCUCGUCGAAAGCCGGCUCGAGGAUCUUCUCCGCGAGGUUGCCAUCAAUGCCGAACUCAUCGAGGAGGAAAGGAGAGAAAGGGAGCGGGCGGCCAACCUGCCCGCAUCGAUCUUUCAUGCCGUCAAGUAUGCCCUAGGCCAGCGAUCCCAAGAAUCUAGCCGUCAUUAUCUUCAUGACACCCCUCGCAGUCUGCCAUCGUCGGCAUCGUUGGGCAUCACCGCGGCGCAAGAGCCGAGCAAUGGCGCCGCAAAGGCAUCUCGACAGGGAGCCGCAGCAGCAGCGCCACCGCGCUACUAUACUAAUGCGGGAGCGGUGUCUACUUCUCCAUCGCGUUCGCAGACCAAGGCCUCUUAUCCAACUCCACCGCAGAGCCCCGGUGCGCAGUACGCUUGGCACGAGGAAGGCUUGUACUACUGGGUCUUCCUACCGCUCAACCUACCCAAGGCGGCACUCAGAUUCGCAAACGGGAAGGUCCGUGGCGCGGUUACAGAUGGUGGCUACGACAAUGGAUACCAGGCUGCUAUCCGACAUGCGCACGAAAGCCAGCAGCAGCGCAGUCAACAGCGCCUUUCUAUGGCGACCGCUACAUCUUCUCCCUCAUCCUCUCUCUCUCCGACCAAAGCGGGCAUCAGGGGAGCCGCACCCAGGUCGACCGCUAGUGCGAAUGCGCCUGCUGGCACUGUGCCUCAGGUUAGGUCGCCUGUCCAGUGAGAGCGUUCUCAAAAUCGCCUACCAACGGCGACACUUCGGAAUUUCCCCUUUUUGGCAUCCCGUGAUACCCUCCUCUCUUCACUUUUCCUCCCUGUCCUUCUCUUAUAUCCAUAAGUGCCUCUCCUUGCAUCAUCACCUUCUACUUCUCUCAUUUUGGCCCAAUCGGUGGAGGUUAGGCCCCCUAAGAGGCCCACCUCAUCGUUCUCCUGCACACACUCCCUUGUACUAGUCUCGCCUCGACGAAUCCCCUUUGUAGCCAUUCUUUGACGCUUUUGACCUCUCAAUCAUUUCUCUUUCUCUUUCAAA